AGUGACUCAGCCUCUGAAGGAGAAGUCUCUUGACUUUUCAGACAGCUGGAUGGGGAAGGACAAUUCAGCUCUCUGUCUGCCUUGACUGUACCUCAUUUUCAGGUAUCUACAGGUUGACUUACCAUACUGAACAACUCUAGGACACUAACUUCUAGAUUCCCACAGAAGGACACCCCGCUGAAUAAAAUGUCAGCUUUCAGCAUACGAAAACAGGCUCCUAACAAAAGCGAUAACAAGAGCCCCUCUGUUGCAAUUAAAAGCAGACAACAGGCUAGUCAUGAUAGUAACAAACGACGGACCCUUUUGCAAGAUAACAGCUGGAUAAAGAAGAGACCUGAAGAGGAAAAUGCUGAUGAAAACUAUGGAAGGGCUGUGCUUAACCAAUACAAAUCUCAAGAUAGCCUACACAGCAGUUGCACAGAUGAAAAGGAAGAUCAGAAAGCUGUACUUGGACGUUACAGGUCUGAUACUACCCUGGACAGAAUUCCAGACAAAAGUGACACUGAUAAAAUAAACAAGUCCCCAACUCUGAAUAAUAAGGAAAGCAUCAGACAAUGUUGGACUUCUAAUGCAGCAUCCACAAACACUGCUGCGACUUCUCCAAUCAAGAAAAAAAGGCAAUCUUGGAUGCCUCCCCCAGUUUCAAGUAGUAAACCCACAACAGAAACAGUGGAAACCAAAAGGACCACUUCAGAAAAUUCAGAGGCCCCAACAACGUAUGCCUCUUCAUCAGAACAGGUGACCACUCAGAAAUCCAAGACUGAGGUGAAUGAUCAAGCUACAGCAAGGAACCAAAAUCUUGAUAACCAGAUCAAAGUGAAACCAAGUUCUUUCACAAGUGACAAGGAAGGAGAAGACCUUAAGGAUUUUACUGAAAUAAAUACUGCUGGUCAGAAAAAUAAGAGAGGUGAGGCCCUUGGUGAUCACACUGAAGUGAAGUCUGCUAAUGAUCAAAGUACAAAGCAGAUAACUGAGCAAGCAUAUGAAAAUCCUCCAAGGGCUCUAAAUAAUCUCCCAGAAACAAACUACUAUGGUGACAGUGAAAGAAAAACCAGCAAAUCAUCAUAUGGUACCUAUGACAAAAAUAUAACUGGAAAUACUAUCAAAACUGUUUACUCCACUUCUGAUCGGAGUAUAAUUGGAAAAGAUAUAUGUACAUACUGCAGGAAGCCCUUGGGCAUAGAUGCCAAAAUGAUCUUAGAUGCCUUGCAAAUUUGCUGUCAUUCAACUUGCUUCAAGUGUGAAGUAUGUAAAAGACCACUGGAAGAUCUGAGAGCAGGAGACAGCAUUUGGAUUUACCGACAAACUGUGCAUUGUGAGCCUUGCUAUUCCAAAGUUAAAGAAAAGUGGAUUUACUAACUUGACAUACAGCGUGAUAAAGAAGUUCCACUAGUAUUUAGUUUAAGUGUAUUGCCCUGUUAAUUCAAACCACUAUGGAAAAUGGUUAUUUUUUACUGCUAGGAACAAAUACUCUAAAUGCAGUCCCACUGCAUGGUUCCCAAAGGAAUUAAGUGCUUGAGAACCUAGGUGCCAUUUAAUACAUACAUUCCAGGAAGCAAAACAAGAUAUUGUUUAGUAUAUUUAUCAGAUUUGUGAAACUACAUGGAAAACUAAUGAUAAUUUAUUAAAAUUUUCUGAACAGCAGGAUAUACCUACACAUAUGUUUUGAAGGGGCUGUAUUCUUUUUACUGAAAACACAUCUCCUCAAAGACCUGUUACCUUUAUGUAGCAUGAAUAGGAUUAAUCUCAUCAAAGAUUAAUCAUUUAGAAGUCAGCUAUUCAGUUUAAAUUACUGUUUUGAUACAGAGUGAGGUGGGUUCACUCUGCCUUUGAGGAGAGACAUCAGUCUGCAGAGGAAGAUUAUUCCCAACUAACUUAAAUGAUAACUUUAAGAUGGAACAAAUCCUCUUUGGAAAAUGCAUCUCUGUUACUGCAGAGGAAUUCUAGACAAAAAAUGCUCGAGGGUUUCAAUUAGAAGUAUCCCACCCCAUGUCUCUGGAAUUCUGGUAACUAUUGCAUACCCCCUUUUUUUUAAAAUAACUGCACACUUAGUAGCUGCCAUGAAAUCAUUAAAUACAUACUUUGCAUGCCACUAUGUUGUAUUUAUCUUUCCUACUUUAUUAAGCAGAGUAUCUAAACACCUUGGAUGGAUUCAUCUCACUUAAAUUUAAACAUCUAUACUGCAGACAUUGAAGUCACUUGUUCUAUUCUGUCUUUAUACUCAUACAGAGAAGUAGACAUUUUUAGGAAGUGAUUCAAUUGGUCAGAUCGCAAACAUCUACUUUAAUGUGAUGUUAACCAUGCUCUGAAUGUAUGUUUUAUUUUCCAUGGUUUGCAAUGGAAUCUGGAGGGAAUAGCUCAAAUUUCUAGAGAUUUACAUUAGGCCAGAUAAACUCCUUCCUUUGACACUACAGUGAAAGCACUGGGUUUUUUUCCUUUUGAAGAGCAUAUGUUCAUUAAGGUAUAGAAACUGGAAGAAGAGUUCAUCCUUUGUUAUAAUGUUUCCACAACACUCAAUAAUUACCUGCCUAUUUGUUUAAAAUAAUAAAUAAUUCAGUCAUUUGCUAGACAAACAAAGGUGUUGACUACUAGUCUCUGCCACCAGAUGUUUCAGAUCAUGGUUAUUCAGAACUGACUUUCACUACCUACAUCUCAACUUAAAAUGACUUAUUGGAUAUGACCAUGACAGACCUAGAGCGCUCGGAAGCUGCUGGACCUUUGCAGAAGCUUAGAAGGGCAAAAAGUGCCAAAGCCAUAGAUUAAUAUUAGACUGCUGAAUAGCUGCCUCAGACAAAAUUUCUCUCCUCAUCUGCACAUUCAGUAGUGGAGACAGGAGGUAUGGAUGUCUGUGUAAUUUAUACAAUUGGGUCUGCAGCUGAAUAAUGAUGUAAUCUGUCUUGCCUGGCUUGAAGGAUGCUCAGACUGAUAUGUAAAGGACCCAUGAAACAGUAGAUAGUUUGUUUUGUUAAUUUUAUUAAAUUUUCUUAUUAAUUAAUGGCAGUAGCUUUAAUAAACUUAUUACAGAUAUUUU